AUGGAAGCGCUGACAAAACUGAGAGCUAAGCGAACAAAUAUAAAGGGUCAAAUUACGUCCUUUAUUAGAUUUGUUCGAGAACAUAACCAAGAGAGAACAGAGCAGCUGCCAGAGCGUAUACAGCGAACCGAGGAUUUAUAUAACGCAUACAAUGAAGCACAAACGCUUAUAGCAGAAAUUAAAUUGGAAGCAUUAGCAGCACGGGAUCCUGCACCGAGCCAGGAGGAGUUGCAGAUGUUGGAUGCAGAAUUGACUAGAGAACGGCAAUCGGUAGAAGACGCUUACUUUGAGCAUUGGGCGAUAGCGAAGCGAUUGGUAAGAGAGAGACAAGCAGUGCAGGUAUUGCCGCAGCCAGGGCAACAGGUAAUUGACAAUACCCAUAAUAUUAAUGUUAAGUUACCAACAUUGCAACUUCCACAAUUCAAUGGUAAUUACGAUCAAUGGCUUAUGUAUAAAGACACUUUUAUAUCAGUUAUUCAUGCUAAUACAAGGUUAACAAAUAUUCAGAAGUUCCAAUAUUUACGCAGUUCUUUAUUCGGAGACGUUUUACAAGUUAUACAUACCUUAGAAACCACCGAUGAUAAUUAUGUUGUAGCAUGGCGUUUAAUUACAGAGAGAUAUGAAAAUAGAAAGCUAAUUAUAAAUAAACAUAUUAAAGAACUUUUUGAGUUACAGCCAGUAAGUAAAAGCAAUCAUGUUUCAUUAAGAAGUUUUAUCGAUGCGGUGCGUACCCAUGUUAGAGCUUUGGAAGUACUAAAACAGCCGGUCACUCAUUGGGAUACCAUCCUUAUUUAUUUACUUAUCGAUAAAUUGGAUUAUGCUACUCGAAAGGAUUGGGAAUUCGAGGUUAGGAAAAAUGCACCAGAUACUAUGCCUACACUGGAAACGUUUAUGGAGUAUUUGGCCGAUAGAGCUCACACAUUAGAAUUAGUGGAAGGUACGAAGAGCAAAACGGAACAGGUAAAAUCUAUGAUGCAAAAAAAUUCAACUAAAAAGGUAACCAUGGCAGCCGUGCCAAAAUUUAAAUGUGUAUAUUGCAAUGAUUCACAUCAUAUUUCAAAAUGCGAUAGAUUUAAGGCAUUAUCGGUGUCGGAUAAACUAGCUGAAGUACGAAAGCGCCAGUUAUGUAUAAAUUGCAUGCGUAAGGGUCAUUUUAAACAAGCAUGUAUGACAUCUUCUUGUAGAUUAUGUUCUAGGAAACAUAAUACUAUGUUACAUAUAGACAAGGAAGAAGCAUUGGAAAAUCGACGAGCACAAGGGCAGACAUUAAAGAUCACAGAAAAAGGGACCAGUUCUAGUGAGAUGGUUCCGACGAAAGGUCCAGUACAAAAUUGCGCUGUUACCGAUAAGGAAACAAGGAUAACCGUGCAUGCGACCAACGGGCCCGAUUCAAUAGUUUUUAUAGCAACGGCUAAGGUGUAUAUCUGCGAUGAGAAGGGCAGGUCGAAUGUUUGCAGAGCUAUGUUAGAUCCUGGAUCCCAAAGCAAUAUUAUAACUAGGAAUAUUGUACAAAAACUAGGUUUAAGAACUACAGAGAAUAUUGUUCCGAUUAGUGGCAUUAGCCAUACGCGCGUCACAGCAAGGGAGUCAGUAAAAAUAAAAAUUAAAUCAAUGCACAACGAAUUUACGGCUGUGGAAAAUUGUUUAGUUAUGCCUACUAUAACAGUUAAGCUUCCACAGGUUAAAGUCGAUACGCAAUCUUGGAAUAUUCCUUCAGAAUUAAGUUUGGCAGAUCCCAGUUUUCAGAUUCCAGGAGAGAUAGAUAUUCUAUUGGGAAGCAGUAUUUUUUGGAAAAUAUUAGGCACUAGGCAGUGGGAGUUAAGUAACAUAUUACCUAGGCUGCAAGAGACACAACUAGGAUGGAUAGUAGGAGGAGAGUUAGUAGAUACACGAGCACACAGUACUACGCGAGUCUGUAACCUCGUUAGUAAUGAUCUUAAUCAUCAGCUAGAAAAGUUCUGGCAACUAGAGGAAAUACAACCAAGAAAGGCGGAGCAUAGAUACUCAGCGCAAGAUCAAGCGACAGAAGAAUUCUUCUUACAGACGGUAAGGAGAGAUACAGACGGAGAUUCAGAAGUUAUAGCGAUCACGAGAUUUUUAGCAAUAGAGCAAAGACUCAAUCAGCAGACACAAUUAAGAGAAGAAUACCAUCAGUUUUUAGAAAAUUACGAGAAACUAGGACACAUGUCAUUAGUUGCAGCAUCAGAUUCUAAAGCAGUAAAGGAGAUAUUCUACCUACCUCAUCAUCCAGUGAUAAAGAACGAUAGCAUAACAACAAGGUUAAGGGUCGUUUUUGAUGAUUCGUCGAAGUCAUCAACAGGAACAUCGCUGAAUCAAAAAUUAUUAAGUGGACCUAAUUUGCAACAAAAUCUGUGGAGUAUAAUGAUAAGAUUCCGAUCACACCAGCAUGUGAUAACAGCGGACAUCAAAAUGAUGUUUAGGCAAAUAUGGGUGGCAAUGGAAGAUCGAAAUUUGCAAAGGAUUGUUUGGAGGCAAGAUUCAGCAGAGGCUCUUUAA